AUGUUUCGUGGAAAAAAGAAUUUAGCCAAUAAUGAUGUACCUGAAGGACAACCCAAAAGAUUUCUUGAAUCAUUUAAAAGAAGUUGGAUUCGUGGCUUAAAGAAAAAAAUGUCCUCAAAUAUUCAUCCUCAAGUUCAACAACAACCAUAA